CCUUCGAAACAAAUUCGUUGACAAUAAAACGGCUUGUCUUCGACACUGAAAUAAGCAACGCGUCUUAUGCUAUUGGCAAACCUUCAAAGUGAGAAAAGAGGAAAACACGAAAAAUGGCGUAUUUGCUGCCACAUUUGAACUCAGGCUGGGAGGUAGACCAAGCCAUCGUCACAGAAGAAGAUCGAGUUGUUGUUGUUCGAUUCGGUCGAGACCAGGACCCCGUUUGCAUGGUUCAAGAUGAGGUUCUUGCUAGUAUUGCUGAGAAAGUUAAGAAUUUUGCCGUCAUCUAUGUUGUCGAUAUCGAUGAGGUGCCCGAUUUCAAUGGUAUGUACGAACUGUACGACGCCUGCACUACAAUGUUUUUCUACCGAAAUAAACAUGUAAUGGUAGACCUGGGGACGGGAGAUAAUAACAAGAUCAACUGGGCGUUGACUGACAAGCAAGAGUUCAUUGAUAUCAUCGAAAUUGUGUAUCGUGGUGCUCGAAAAGGGAGAGGACUUGUGAUAUCGCCAAAGGACUAUUCGACGAAAUACCGGUAUUAGAGCUUCAGCGAUACCUAGAACGAAUAUACUGUACUGGUUAGAUAAGAGAACCAUAACUUUAAUGAAAGACAAAGAUGAGUGAAUAGAUGAUGAGGAUGCCUAAUGGCUACAGUAAUGCGAGUAAGCCUCAACAGAGAGGUGAAAAGUGCACGCGCAAUAACAAAAAUGAAAUUAGUAAUUCUCAGAUAAGCGCGGGAGAGACGGAGUUGCGACUUUUCGCAGCGUCGGUCCAAAAUCUAUUUGCUUCAUUCGUACACAGCCGAAAAGACGUUCAGGU